AUGCCCGAUAACAAGACCAUCCCGAGAGACUCCGCAAAAGCCAAAGCCUUGCACACUGGCUACGCAACCUCACACCGAGAAACACUGGAGGACUCCCGCCAGCACCGCCCGUCCAACCUCCGGGACGCCGCCCUCUCAUCCCACCGCCACCCGGGCUGCGCUCAGCGGCCGCGCCCCCCCACGUUUGCCAGCAGCUCCCAGAGGCGGUCAGUCUUUGGGUUUGACGACGGCAACUUCCCGGGCCUCGGCGAGCGCAGCCACGCACCCGGAAGCCGCCUCGGGAGUCCCACGCUGGGGCGCGACGCCGAGCCAGAACCACCCGCGGGCUCCGAAGCCACAGGCGAGUGGGGAGGGUGCCCUGGGGGGCUCGGAGGGGACGCAGUCACACCCGGCCCACGCAACGAGCACUCUCCUUCCCGGUCCCCAGCUCCCGCCAGCCGAGACGCAACGCUCCGCGUGAUGACGUCGUGCGCCUGCCCCGCCCACUCCAGUAGUCGCCGACCCGGCCCACGGCCCGCCCCGCGCGAUGACGUCAGUAUCCACUCCACCCGCUCCGGGUGA